UAGCCUACCACAACAGGAGGAAAGUUUACCUGGGAACGUGUGCAAAAGUUUCAAAUAAAAAAAUCCUGCUGAAGCUGAGGCGAGAUCCAGAACAGGGUUCGUGUGCAAAGAAUAAACAUUUUGGAAGGAAGCUAAUAUAAUUUCUGUGCUCGAAAGUGGGGUUGAGUUUGUGUCCUAUAUCCGGAAGUGGUCAGUCAGUAUGCCGUUCAAGCCCCCGGAACAGGCCAAGUGUCCGCUGUGCGGCAAGGCGGUGUACGCCGCCGAGGAGCGUCUAGCUGGCGGGAAGAAAUGGCACAAGUUCUGCUUCAAGUGCGGGUUGUGUAACAAGUUGUUGGACAGCACAACUUGCGCGGAGCACGAGGGGAUGAUCUUCUGCAAGGGUUGCCAUGGCAAGAAAUUCGGGCCCAAGGGGUACGGGUUUGGAGGUGGUGCGGGCGCCCUCAGCACCGAGACCGGCGAACAGUUCGGCAAUACGGAAACCGAUAUGCAGAGCCGUCCCCAGGAGGCCCACGUCGGAGGUUCGUACGGCGGACCGAAUGCCUGUGGGAGGUGCGGACGCACCGUCUACGAAAUGGAGAGAGUCAACGGCAUGGCAGAUGCCUGGCAUAAGACGUGCUGCUCGUGCAAGCUGUGCCACAAGAGACUUGAAGCCACCACGAUGAACAAGCACGAGAAGGAAAUCUACUGUAAAGGAUGCUAUUCCAAGCAUUACGGGACAUCAGGCUAUGGGUUUGGCCUCGGCGCUGGCUGUCUUUCUACAGGAACAUAAAUCCUUAGCUACAUUAACAAGAUCUGAUUAGUGAGCCCCAUUAACCAGAGGGUCCUUCGUGUGCUUUCUGCUGAAUGUCGUAAUGCUAAAUGUGGUUGUUUUUAUUUUUUAUACGGAAUUCCCGUUGUAGGGACCCACUGAAACUUGAAGUAAUCAAUCUAGUUUGCCUGGGGUAAUACCAUUAGCUACCAAGUGGUAUAAAUUAUGGGGAUGGUACCUUCUGGAAUAAACCUCGUUAUUUGAAUUUGUGUUCGCGCUUCACAUAGCCAUUGAAGAUGUUUAGGUAUCAUUACAUUAGUUCAUAUAGCAAUCAUCGUCAUCAAUUAGUCUUUUGUACGUUUUGGGUGUUUUUGAGGAUUGAAGAAAGUAUGGGACAGAUGUGGCGAAAAUGCGCUUUUUAAAAUAUAGAUGCUUCAUGUACAUUCAUAAAUCGAGAAUUGAAGUGUGUGUUUUAUUUAUUAUUUAUUUGGAGAUAUAUUGGUUUAUUUUUAAUGUAAUUGUAGUUAUGAUUUGGGUCGGCUAUAACUGUUUAUGUUGAAAUUGAUUUGAAUAAUUUAUUAUUUAUAAAGACUGUUCUGUGCAUGGUCAAUACAAAUUAAUAUAUUCGUUUGUAUGAAUGAAUGAAUGAAUGUAAAUGUAUGGAAGGUAUAUAACAUUUAUAAAAUCAUUGUCAUCAUGAACUCUUAUUCAUAUCGUGUUUAAUGUGCUUUUAGAAAAACGAUCAAAACAAUAAAUUUGCAAAAAAAAUAA